CUCAUUUCUGUCUUCAUCGAUGACCAUGAUAAGCUGAGAUGCAUCAAUGCUGGGAAUAUGAGAAUAGCAUUUUUACAGCGGUCCCCUCUCUAUUAUGCAUGUGUCUCUUCUUGGGGUGAGCCAGAAUCUGUCGUCUCAGUUGGAAUUUCUCCAUCUUCAAAUUCUAAGCAUUGUCACCGCAUCGCAGCUGCGUAGAAUAUUUGAACGUAGGACGAAUUUUGAUCUACGGCGACUGCUUGACGGCACGGAGACAUUCCUGCAUUCAAUGUUGGACCGACUUGAGUUUGAUCUUGCCAUGGCUACGUCGUCACUGCACUGUCUUCGGCUUGAUCCUAUGGUGCGGAAACGUGUCGCCGAUACCCUCGUUCCGACGUCCAAAGUGAAGGACAUACUCUAUGUCAUCCUUAUUGCGAGAGGCCGUGUAGUGACCCUCAUUCGACCCAAGAAGCAUUCGAUACACCCUGCUGACAUACAUAUCCUUAUGAAUACUGUCCACAAUCCCUCUAUAUUUAAUUCCCCUGCCGCAGCCUCUUGGAUUCCAAUUUGUCUACCCAAGUUUAACCCGAAUGGGUUCGUGAAUGCGUAUAUCUCUUUUUUGCAGAGAGACAAUCCAGAGGAACCUUCAUCGGCACCUAGUCCCAGCUCCCCGCAGUCAAGUUCGAGUGCCAGUGUCACCGACUCUGAUUCCGGGACGGCCUUGGUGUGUAUAAGUGGCGGGGCUGACUUUGAUACCAUCAGGAGUUGGUGCGACGGGGUGACUCAAAAACUGACGAAUGAAGGCACCCUGAAACUUCUUUCCGACUGCGUUCGGUCGGGACAAGCUGAGUACACCGUUUCGGAGCUCGGGAUACCUGGCCUCCGUCAUUUCGUGUACAAAUCGCGAGCGCAGGUACAAGUUACCUUUCCGACAUUCGAGGAUCCUUACGAAAAUCUAACAGACCGCCGACGGAUCAUCACGUUCUAUCAAGUCCUGCAUGACGCCAUUCAUGCGAAAUCGGGACAGAGUGAAACACUCAAGCUACAGUAUAUCAGGACGGAGAAGGAGAGCGUCAUGGGGUGGAUAACGCAACCUUUUGAGAUGUACAUUGCUCUAUCUCCGAGGCUUCCGAAGAGCGCUGUAGUUGGGGCCGCAAAUGCUGUAUCUCGGUGGGUGAAGAAGGAGGAGGGGCGUUUAUUUUUGAAGGAUGCUCCGGUCUUUUGAUGGACCCGUUGAUGUCUUGGCUUGGACGAAUCCUUGCAUCGUAAUUAUACAGAUUACCCUGGUGCCUGCGAUAUUCUGUCAAGAUAUCCGCCGUUGUUUAAGCGCCCAGGAUUUCCCCUUGAACCGCCUUUCCAUUAUGCUAGCAAGUAAAUAUAAUGUUCACAGAUAUCGAUAAGGUGCUGGACUUUGGUGUUUAUGUUCUCGACUAGCAUGAUGGCAAACUAAUGUUCCAAUUAG